AUGCAUCGUCCAGUGACAUCAUCCGCCACACUGCUCCGAUGUGUGCAGCCCGCUGCUACACUACGCUCGUCCCCCGCCAUACGAUGCUUUUCAUCGUACGGAAAUGCCCAUCAAUCCUCUAAGCGUGACAUGCAAACAGCAACAGCCUAUCGCCCACAUACCCUGCCAUCUUCCUUCCCGCCUCCUCGCAACCCUGGCCUUGGUGCUUCAGACGCCUCCAUCUCGGCCGACUUCCCCCUCUCAACAGAGAACAUCCAGAAUGCUCCAUCGCAAGCGGAAUCCUCAAAAUCAAACACCAAGAGCAACGAGACUCAAAAAUCCACAGCCGCCUCAUCUACCACCAGCAAGACCGGAAAACCUCGUCGGCCAUUGCGGGCAAGAAAAGCAGCAAUGAAGCUUUCUUCAUUGGCCACUGAGCAGCUGCGCAAGCUUAUGGAUCAGCCUGAACCAAAAUACAUCCGAGUUGGUGUUAAGAACCGGGGCUGCUCCGGCCUCGCUUACCACCUCGAAUACGUGGACAAGCCGGCCAAGUUUGACGAGGUGGUGGAGCAAGACGGCGUGAAGGUUUUGAUCGACAGCAAGGCGCUAUUCAGUAUUAUUGGCAGUGAGAUGGACUGGCAUGAAGAUAAGCUGAGUAGGCGCUUUGUUUUCCGCAACCCGAAUAUCAAGGAGGAAUGCGGCUGCGGCGAGUCCUUCAUGGUCUAA